GACUCUGUUAUGGAAUCCAAAAUGGACGCCUUGCUUCGCGUUGUCAGAAAACCUCCUGUCGUUUUAAAGGAUCAAGGAAAAUACAAGCAUUCCAGUAAGAAGAAGUGAUAUGUUAAUGUAUUCCAAUUAAAUAUCAUUUUAUAAAUUAAUGUUUAUGUUCUUAAUAAAUAGUUUAAUGAUUUAAUUUCUUACAUUAUGCCAAUCAUUGUUGUCGAUUGUUGCUUUUUUUUUUUAUUAUUCAAUUUUUGGUUUAGUUUUGUGAUUGUGGUGAGUCAUUUUGAUUUAUGAUUUUAAUUUUUAAAGAGACUGAUUUGGCUAGAUGGAAUACUAUACCAGAUGUGGUGGACACUUGAUUUACUAUGACUAUACUAGAGUCAGAGUAUAGUGCUCAACUUUUAUUUUUAAUUUUAAAAAAUAAUAAUGUAUUAGUAUUAGUAUUAUUUUAUUAGACUAGUAAAUUAUAUUUUUUAUAUAAAUAAUUUAUUGGACCAGUGAAUGUGAACUAGUUAAAAGUAAAAGUCAAAGUUAAAAUUGGUUGCUUUAACUUUACCUAUUUUUUUUAAUAAUAAAGCCAGCAUAAUUUUAUGCCCUCUAUGAUAAUUAAGUAAUUAAGUAUUAUUUGGCACUGUUUAAUUAGAUGAGAGGGCUAACUUAGCUAAUGGCUAAUGUGUGUUUGUUGGCUGCCACUUUGAGUUUGAGUUUAAUGUUUAGUGUAGGAUUCUCUCCCUUUUGUUUAUUUUUGGAUAGUUGCUAGUGUACUAGGGUUAACUUUUCUUUUUUUUUUUUAAUAUUAAUGUUGAUAUCAAUGUCAUUUGAAUUUGUUUCCUUUAAAAACAGAUUGAAAUAUUUUACUAUCCUUCCCCAAUACUUAGGCUAUGGGGAGAAUCUUGAAAUGCAAUUUUUCUUAACAAUUUCUAUUACUCUAAUAUUACUCAAUACUGAAGUGAAGUAUUUUGCUUGAGAUGUAGAAAAAUAUUUUGAUUUUAAAUGCAUACAUAGGCCUGCAGUAGAUUUGCAUCCUAACUAAUUAAGACUGGAAGUUGUUUGGAUGCCUUUUAUUUCUGAUAACAAAACACACCCACGGAAAGGUUGCAUUAAAGAAGUUAGUGCAUAGAAUUAGAAUGCAAAACAUCAGUACCUUAUACGGGUGCUGGGCGGCCGAGCGGUCUAAACAGUCUCAAUCCAAAUAGCCGGUGGUCUGGAGUUCAAUCCCCACCAAAGCCAAUACAAGCAAAAAUAUCCCAUGCACCCUGUGUGGAUGUGACUCGUUAGCCUUGGACGGCAACUCAUCUAACAGAAGGCAAACUCUGAAUUCAAACCAGGAGCAAAAUGAUCAAUAAAUUGAUCAUGGGCCCUCAAUUGGCUGUGAAGUAUAGUGUAUUAUCCAUUUUGCAUUAUAUAUUAGGACAGCUCAGUUUAGACCACUCGGCCACCCAGCACCCCGGGUAGAUGGGACUCAUUAACCUUGGAUGGCAAUUCAUCUAAGAAAAGGAAACUCUGAAAUUAAACCCGGAGAUGGAGUCCCGAAAGGCGGAUAACAUUGAUACAAUGAAACAUUCCGACAACUCCUGCGACGUCACUGGUGCCAAGCUGCAUCAUCCAAUGAUGUUCCCUUGGGUUGUCCAGCGGCGUGGAGAGAGGCGAUUUGCUGUUGGGAACCAGCUUAUAAUCCUUGAAGAAUAAUCCCAGGCCAUGUGGAUUUCGUCCUCCGAAGCCCACUCCAUCGUCACAUUGUGACGGACGGAUGCCAGCAUUAGGACAGUUCAAUCAGUGGAUUGAUUUUAAAAAAAUAGUGGGGACUGGAAUUUUCUCUCUGCUAAAAGAAGACAUAUCCAAAAAUCUAUAGCGGGUGCUUAGGACAUGUUAUCUUUGCAAGCGUGUGUUCUGCAAUAUAUAUAAAUUUAAAAGUUUGCACAGUAGGUAUAUAGAUUUUACCUGGCCUGUGCGACAGAAAUCAAAAUUGUUUUCAAUCUUUAUAUGUCAAUGAGCACAAUAAUUGAAUAAUAACAUUUUUUUAAAACUGGCUAUUUCGGAUAACCAACAUUGCAGAUAAUUUUGAGUUUAGAAAAUCAACGCUCUACUGCAGUCAUAAUCAAUUUGUAAUAUUUGUGCCAAAAAUCAUUCAGGAGUGUCAAGUAGAAAACACCUCAACAUAGAUUUUAUUUUAAAUAUUUCAAGUGCUAUGUAAUGCACUUGCACUAUAAAGUGUACUUAUUACAAUUUUUACUGUAGCAUGAUUGUAAAUCAUUGUAAUCUAUCUUGAUAAUGGUUACACAUCAAAAUGGCUCAUAACUCAUAAUACCUUCAAGUUUCAGUAGAAAGAUUGAAUAGUUUGAGGUCUGCAUUUGCAUUACAUUAUGUAUCAAAAAAUUUCACCCCACUCCUUUUUUUUUUUCAUGUAUACACAUAAUUGUAUGCUUCUAGUAACAUCUGCAUUUUUUGUAAAAUUUAAUUUACCAUUAUUGUCACCUAUAUGCAUAUUUUAUUAGUGAUCUUGGUUUCAAAAAUGAAUUUCAAAAUAUAUUGCAUUUGUUAAAUAUUAUUCAAUAAUUAAGUUUGAUAAAUCUUUUUUAUUAUUUUCUAAUUCUCUAGAAAUGCCCGAAGGAUGGGGGGAAAAUAAAGAGCCUGUAGCUGAAGGUGUUACUUUUUAUUUAAAAUACAUUGGCUCAACUCUUGUGGAGGAAAUUGAAUCUGACCAGACAUAUGGAGAUGGUAUUAGUGCAAAGGCAGUCCAAACCAUAACGGCUAUGGUAAAACAUAUUUUAUGUUAUUUCUUGUAUCUCAAAGCAGAAUGUCAGAAUUGGCUUUUAUUAUCCUCCAAACUAAUACCUGCACUAUUUCAAUAAUUGGCUACUUAACAAUAAGAAUAUCUCUAAUGCCAAGAUGAAUCCAUGGCUAGAAACACGAAUCUUGGGAAUCAAAGGUAUAUCAAGAUUAUGGGUUCUCUUAUUUGCUGUCACAUUUGUCAUUUUGGUUAGUUCAAGGUGAUAUUUUUAGGAGUAUCAAAAGUUUAGGGAAAACAUAGCACCAGAAGACCCUGUCAGUCAGUAGUUUUGAAGCAAUUCCAUCUACAGGGUUUUACUGCAUUGAUCCUUUAAGGUGUGGCUUUCUUAGAUUUUUACUGAGGCACUCACAAGACACUGAAUAUCCUACAGGUUGGGCAGGGCUUGCAAUGACAAGACACUAACUAUCCCACAGGUUAAGGGAGGCUUGCUUGAUUUCACUCACUGUGUUUGUCUGAAAUUUAAAUCUUAGUGUGUCAUGCUAUGUAUCUAUCAUUUUAUAAUUAAAUAUAACACAAACUAAAAAAGUAAAAUCAUGGCUAGUUAUGAUUUUGAUUAAAAUUGCUGUUGCAUCCCUACAGGCCAAAGCAGCUGGAAAGAAAUUGAGAAAGGCUGCUUUGACUGUGUCACCAAAAGGUAUAAGGAGUGUGGACAUGACAACCAGUCAAGUUAUGUUUGAUAUAUCCAUCUACAGGUAGGCUAGUAUUGGUAUAAAGGUGUACUGGUUUCUUCUCUAGCUAGACUGAAUUUUUAAGCCAAUCAAGAAAGCAUUAAGUUUGUUUUGUCCCACUAGUAAUCUGCUGCAGCGCUUACAAUUUUAACUUAUGAAUGUCAGCAUAAUUUUCUAGUAUUAAUUAAUGUUGAUUAAAAAUUAAAAAGAUAAAUUUAAAAAAAUAUAUAAAUAUUAAAAUGAAAUUGUUUAAAUUGUAUGGUUUUUGUGAAAGGAAUAUAAAAUGUAGCACUAAUAUAAAAUGUAGCACUAAUAUAAAAUGUAGCACUGAUGUACUAUUAACUUAGGGAAUUGAGAAAUCAGAAAUUACUGAAGAGUGACAUAAAAUCAUUAUUUUUAUAUGGCUUUUUAAAAACAUAUUCUUUCAGGAUUUCAUUCUGUACAGCAGACAAAAACCAUGAUCAUGUCUUUGCCUUCAUUGCUAGAAAUACAACAAAUGAAACAAUGGAAUGUCAUGCUUUCCUGUGUGCAAAAAUUAAAAUUGUGAGUCCAUCAAUGAUUUAUAGAAUACAUAGCUUAUUAAAAUUAAAUGCAAUACCGUAAUUUACAUCCGAAAACAUUAAGAUAAAUUAUGAUUAUAAAUUAACUUUUGAUUGAAGAGCACAGCAAAUCUUUAUCCUUAUUAAGUUGAAAAUGCAGAAUUCUACUGUUUGAAUCACAACUGAUAAAACUGUCUACAAAACUUCCAAAGCUUAAAUCAUAAUUGGAAUUGGAACCAUCAGUAUGAUGCUACAAACAAAAAUGGCACUUUAAGAAAUAUUAUAAAGUUUUGCUUCCUAGCUCCUUUGUCAUAAUGAAAUGUGUGACAUUUUUUACCAUUCAUGCAUCUUCUAUAACAGUACACUGCCUCCACAGUGUUCAUUCAGAUGGCUCAGCAAUGAUUUGUGGUUAUUUGUGUUGUGAGAUUUAAAAAUACUUUUAGAAAGCUAGAUCCACGCUAAUUGUUUAAUAUUAUAUUAUGAAAACAUUUUCUUGGCCAAUGGUUUCCUAAACUUGUUUAAUUCUUUUGAUAAACCUUACACUUACAGGCUCAGGCAGUCACACUUACAGUAUCACAAGCUUUCUCUCUGGCUGAGGAGAGAUGGGAGGCAAAGAGACAGAAUAAGUCGAUGAGAGCCGUUGUCAAUAAAGAUAAGGUUGGGACAUCUUUUAUCAUUUGUCAUUCAAAAAAUUUAAACCUUUUUUUAAUGUUAAAUAUUUUUUCCAGAUUCUGGAAGUGAAAUAGAUUUAGAAAGACAUUCAAAUUGACUUCCCCAAUGCUCAACAAUCAGCACUAGCAGACAACUUAAAAAUGAUAUGUUCUUUAAAUACAUUUUUACGGCAAGAUGCUUAGAUAUAUUGCUCCUUACAGUGAUGUCUGUUCUAUGACGGACUUAAAUAAGGAGUAUUUAACACAGUGAUGUAAGCUGUGGAAAAAAAGAGAAAAAUAAGAUAUUUUUUGAGAACAAAAUUAACCCCCCAAAAAAUAAAAUCAUCCAAAAAACAAGAAAUUAACAAAAUUAUCUGGACCAUUUGCACUAAAAUAUUUUUUUUAAAUUAAAAAGUUCUAAUCACAGAGAUAUUUGGCUGCGUUGGAGUAAUUAUGAGCUGAAAAGGUAAUCAUUUUAAAUAUUUUGUUUGUCCCGUGCUGGAUUGAUGUUAAUCAUUAUGGUACACUUACUAUUCUAGGUGAAAGCAGUCAAUCAGCAAACGAGCAGAGAUGUGGGAAGCAAUAAUACAGCAACACUCAUCUCAUUAUCAUCAACACCCACCCCACCUGCAACUCCUGAAAUCUUAUCAGGUACAGUUUUUUAUUUUAUUUUUAUGAUUGCAACAGCAUCUAUAGGUUUUUAUAAAUUAAAAUGAUGCAAGAUGAAAACCAUAUAUUUCAUAUCCAAUAAACUCUUUCGAAGAGCUGCUAUACAACUGUGGUCUAUAUAAUCCCUAAAAAUCAUUCCAGCAUAAGGGCAUCUUAAGGGAUAACAGAAAAAAAAAAUAAAUAAAUGUAUUUGACAAGUCACCUCAUCAAAUUUUGCGAAAUUAUUCAAUUUUCCAUCCAACUUAUAUUUCUGAAAGCUGUUUUUGCCUGCAUACCACUCUCUUUAUUGUUUAUUGUGCUUUAUCGAGUUUUUUGUUCAAAAGUGGUUGGGAUUGUUUGUAGAAUGUUCAGACAUAGUAAUGCCUGGGACCAUCUUACAUGUGGUGACCUUGUCCCAGUUAAAUGAUAAUAUUUUUAUAAACUAUAAAUUACUUUUUAUCAAUUGUGUGUUUAAUAGGUUCACCUCAGCAGCAAAUGAGUUUUAAUGUUACAUCUAGAGAGAACUGGGUAAGUCCUUUUCAAUGUGAUAGAUUCCUUAAGACAUUUAUUUAAAAUGUCAUUCUGUGUGUUUGUUAAACAUGAACACAAGCAGCAUGCUCUAUACCUUUGCUUACUUCAGUUGAUUGGAACAUUUUUUCCAUCUAACCCUUUUACAUCAAAGUAAACUUGCUAUCAGUAAAAUAUGAUAAACAUAGCCAGUGAAUUCCAUGGUAAGUAACAAAUUCCAAAAAAAUAUUUUCACUUUGCACCCUGUAUAAAUGCAAAAUGCCGUUAAGUGUGCUUAAUUUAACUAUAGAGUCUACAUGGUUUUGUAUCUUCAGUUGGUAGGCUAUAAAAUAAUACCAUUUGUAAAUAUAUUUUAAUUUUAAGCUAAAUAGUAAAAAUAAUACAUUUUGUAAUUUUAAGUGACGAAGCAUGAAAAGGACUUAAAUUUUAGUUAUCAUCUUUUUCUUUGAUUUUCUCUGAAAUCUGCUUUAAUUGAAAUAUAUUUAUUCAAACUAAUUUUAGACAGUGUUUACUUUUCUAAGGAAAACCAUUAAAAACUACUUAGAAAGUACAUUUUAAAAAUAAUGUAACUGACCGAACAUGAGUUUGUAACUGACGCAACAGGUCUGAAAGCUAGCAAUAAAAAAUUGAGCAAUAAUGUCAGUUCUUUUACAGAAUUACAAAUACUUCAGUUAAAUAAACUUAAAAAAACAUAAAUAACAGAUUUUUAAUGCUUGUCCAAUUGAAACUCACCAUGGCAAUAAAAAAUUUCUGUCUAUAUUUAUUAAAUGUAAACACAAGAAAAUUCAACACAAAGUUUCUAUUUUAAAUUUGAAGACAUGUUCUUAAUUCAAGAUGGCCACAGGCCACGUGUCACACAAAACAAAGAUACUAAAAAUGACUCCAUACCAAGAUGCAUGAAAUAAUUUAUAUGGCACCAAAUUUUAUGGAAUUUAAUUUUUGGAUGUUGUGUCCACUUUUACAUAGAAUCCACCAUUUUGAAUAUAAUAGGUGAGAACAUCAGUUGUGACAAGUAGUUGCCCUUCAGGGUUUAUUUAAAAUAUUUCUGAAACAUAUUAAAAUUAUAUAAUUAAUUAUCCUUUUAUUUUGUACCAGUAUAAACAAGCUUGUAAAAUAUUUUUUUAAUUGUUUCCCCAGCAAAGUUUUGAUGAUUCAGACAACGAUAAUAUUGAUGACAUGUUUUCAAGGUAAAUGAGGCAAGCAUUAUUGCAUCGGAUUAUACAUUUUUCCCCCUUGCAUAUGUUUUAAAUAAAAAUUAAAUGUGAAACACAAAGGUCGAUGACCUUCUCCCCAAGUAUUCAUCGUCGAGAAGUAACAGUUUUAUGUUUCUAAUUCAUAUUACAGAUUGGCAGAGAAUCGUUGUAAGCAGAUGCCGUCGUUUGGUACAGACUUGAAUGAAGAAGAGCUGGAUGAUGGGGUAAAGAAGUACAUGGCAGGCUCUGCAUGUUUCGAGGCAUUCUCCCGCACCAUGUCAGUCGAUGACCUCCUCAGUUUGUGAUCAUUCGAGGACUGGGAUUUCGACAUCUAGCGUGUUGGUUAAAUUGUUCACCAAAAUCCUGUGUAACUAGAGAUCUUGCCGAAAACCAUGGAUCUGUUUGUGUUUAUUUCAUAUGUUAUUUGGAGGAGCUGCCUUGAUACAGUGAUGUUGGCUGUGAUUUACCUGAACAAAACUUUAUGUCUUACAGGGAUGUGGAAUGACAGCUGCUACUGUUGUUGUUUUUUUUUUUAAACAAUAAAUUUAAGCGCUUUUAAGCCAUCAUUGAAUACAUGCUAUUUAAAGCAUUGUUCCACUGUCAUUAGACUCUCAUAACAUUGCCGUUCAGAUUUCGUGGUCAUCUGUUAGUUUUAUUUUUUCUUAGUUUUUAGGGGAAGAAUUUAUUUUAAUUUUUUUGUGAAGCGCGGUGAGUCUGGGCUAGGGUACUGCGCUGUAUAAGACCACUUUAAUGAUGAUAAUAAUAAUAAUAUGAUCACCAACUGGGAAUUACACAAAUGAAAUGUAUUCAAAUGUCACAGCUUUGGAUAACAUUUUGCAUUGUUAUUGCCCUUAUAUUUAAGCAGGGAUCCUGUGUUGUCAAGCUCAAUUUUCUAUCAACUUUUCAAAAAGUUAUCCUUUAUUAAUAAAUACAUUGUUGAAAGUGACCGAUGUGUCUGUUGAGAUUGAUACUGAAACUCAAUGUUCCAGACAUUGCAAGACAUGACUACUUAUCCACAUUCUCAUUGAACUUUAUAACCAGCAACAUUACUUUGAGCAGAUUAGUAAACUAAAGAAGAAUAGGCUGCAGUGUUUCCAUUGUUGUUAUGAUACUGAAGUGUAAAUAACUCCUAUAAUUACCUUAAAAUUUGUGCAAUUUUUUGGCCCAUCAACAUUUUUAUUUCAUCGUUUUGGUAGAGUGUUCAAGUUGCUCUUCAUCACAAUAUUUAGUUGGGGUUUUUAAUCAAAUGGAAAUAGAGGGGGGGCUCUAUUAAAAUUUAUUUUUACUAGAAGUAUCUCAUUUUAUUGGGUGAUUUGCAAAAAACCUAAAACUAUUUCUAUUGAUUUACCAUUUGAUUGAUCUGCACGUAACUGGUCAUUAUUUAAUAUCAUUUAGAUAAAGAUCUGUUUUAUGAACCCCAAACUUGAUUGCUGUUUUUAGCCUUAUUAAAUUUAUUGUCCGCGCCUGCUGUCAUUUUGAAAAAGACCAACACUACUUAAAAGCUUUGUAAAAGAUUUAUUUUGACCCUGCCACAUUGGCCACAUGAUAGAUAUUUGCUUUUUUUUUAAUUGUUAUUUUAACCUUGAGAAAUAGUUACAGAAUUCUGUACAGAACAUACAAAUCUGACAACACUGGAACUAGUUACAAAAGUAUGGAUAAACUGCAUCACUUGGCAUGUAUGUAUAUCUCAUUAUAGUAUUAUUUUAAUUAUUAUUAGAGACAACAAAGCAUCUUGAAAUGUACAUUUGCAUUGAUCACCAGGAACUAUCAUUAAGGAACAUUUGAUUGGAUGAACACGGUGUAAUCUACAUGUCAAUACUUGGCAUCAGAUGAUAUUUUAUGAUCAGUAUUUUAUAAUAGCUUUACACUACACCAACUUUAUGUGAUUUAUGCAUCUGCAACGUGUCCUAGUAAUUGUAUUAAACUGCUUCUACCUUCAACUUAUAAAGACUGCAUGUACAUGCAAAUUAUAUAUCAUUAUGUAGCAUAGCAUUUAUUCACUGCAGUUUGUUCAGUUCACGUACGGCAUGGGUUAGUUUUACUUAAAUCCAAUAUUCUCUAACUUUUUACUUCAUUUAAACUUUUAAUGUUUUUUUUUUUACUUACUAGCUACAAAUUCAAAAAAAAACAAAUAAUAUUAAAAAAACUCUUUAAACUGCCUUAUCUCAAUUAGCUUCAUAAAAAGUCUUUCUAUAGUGCAGUACCAUCCCCUUGAGGAGAAACAUGGAUAGCGUUUGUCCAUCUUAUAAAAGUCUUGUGGG